UCCUCUCUCCCUAUAAUUCUACCUUUUCUAGAAUGUCAUCCAGGUGGAAUCCUAUACUGUAUGGCCUUUCUACCCUAGGUGCUUUCAUUUAGCAUAUGCAUUAGAGAUUCAUCCAUGUUUUGCAGGUAUCAUUCCUUUUUAUCACUGGAUAGGCUUGCAUGGUAUGGAUGUACCAUCAUCUGUCUAUUCACCAGCAGAUGGUCAUUUUGGGUUUCGUCAAGUUUUUGGCGAUUACAUUCAUACAUUGUUUGAUCCUCAUCAUUAUCCCACGAGGUAAGCACUGUCAUCCCCAUCUUAUAAGGAAACAGCCACAGGAGUGGAUGGCACCUGCCCGGGGACCUUGAAGCCCGCACCCUUUCAGAGUCCUGAAGGUGGGUUUCGGUGCUGAUCCCUGCGGGGGCACUGAUGAAAUGUCCUUGCACUUCUCAGGGGCCGUAGAGAGAGAGGAGCCGUCUCCGCGGCCCGGGCCGGCCGUUCCCCACGAGGAGGACGUCUACUUGGCCGGCAGGGCUCGGGCGAUGCUGAGCUGGAGCAGCUCGCCGUCAGCCCAGUCCGCCUCCGAGUACCAGUCCUACUCCCAGUACCAGUCCUGCCCCUCCUGCCCGUGCGACGAGGAGGCCGCCGCCCAGCAGAGCGCGUGCGCCUUCUACACCCACGUGCAGACGGUGCGGGGCGUGGCCGUGGCCUGGGAGACCGAGACGGGCUUCGAGCCGGUCAGCAGGAAGCCCCGCCUUCACCAAGCCGCGUUCGUCAAGAGGCAGAGGAGGAAAGGCUCCUCCUUCGAGAUGGCUUCCAACACCGACCUGCGCUGGGAACUGGAAGCCAGCAAGAACACCUGCUGCCCGGAGCAGGACGACGCGGAGCUGCUAGGGCCCCUCGAGUGCUGCCUGCAGGAGCUGCGGGACACCCCGGACUGGCUGGUCACCACGAACUCCGGGCUGCGCUGCGUGGCCUGCUGCCGGGUCUUCCCCACGUUGGAGGCUCUGCUCAAGCACGCCCAGUAUGGCAUCCAAGAGGGCUUCAGCUGCCAGAUCUUUUUUGAGGAGAUGCUGGAGAGAAGGCGGGCCCGGGGCCAAGUGCAGGAGCUAGAGCUGCAGGAGGAGGAGCAGCGCCCUUCCGAAGGCAGUGAAAGUUCAAGGCGGCACGCCAGGGUGCUUCCCUCGCCACAGCAGAAGCAGUGAGCUGGAGGGGAUGUGCCCAGCCCUGGCCUUACCUCCGGCACCUCAGUUGCUCCUUCCCCAGCCAGCAGGACCAGCACUACAGGGGCCGGGGGAAGAAAGCCCGCAGGAGCUAGAGCUGCGAGGGCCGUGACAAGGCAAGGGGAAGAAGCCUUCCAAAGGGCACAGCAUUUUCAACCAGAGUCCAUUUCAAAACCUGAAUCCAAAGAGGAGGGCUUUAAGUGUUUCUGACCAUGGGCACGAGAUCUGAAGCCCACAGGCCUGUGGCCGCAGGGAUUUCUAUUUUUGUUGGUAGAUCAAGCAGGUCGUGACUCAAAGGAGAGCCAACUGCAAAUGAAGCGUCAGCCCUAUAUUGUUCAUUGUUAGGAACCCGCCAUAUGCCCUAGUUCUAGGUUUUAUUUUAGUGGGAUUAAACUUGAGUGACUCAAAAUGUAAGGCCUUGUCAGAAGGAGUGAACCAUGCUAUUAGGUUGGAGCUACAGGAAAUUGCCAUUUCUGUAGGUUACACCCCAGCACAGACACCGGGAAACAGGUAGGUUCCCAGAGGUGGAGCUGGGGUCUGGGUAAGUCUUGCUACCUAUGAGUGCACAGGUCAACUACAUGCUUUAAAAUGUUGUUACAAAAUUCAUUUGCACCCUGCUAUCUGUCCCCAGCUCAGGGGGCUGCAUUCGUUCAAGAAAAUACAUGGAUGGCUCACUGUGUUAGGCUGAUGAAACAGAUAGCCCAGCUUUCCAGUGAGAGGCGGAUGGAAGAGGCAAUUGCAAGGCAAAGGGAUGAAUCAACAUAAAAGAGGUUUGGGGAGCUCAGCGGAGGGCCCCCAAACUCACAGUGGUUGAUGAGGAAGGACAAGUUUCCAAAAGAGGUGAUGUUCACAAAGGCUUGGAGGACAAGUAGGACCAGGGCUUCUCACUCUCAGUCCUGUUGACAUUUUAGGCUGAAUAAUUAUCUUUGUGUCAGGGAGGGCUGUCCUUUCCAUUGGAGGAUGUUUGGCAGCAUCCCUGGCCUCCACCCACCAGAUGCCAG